CCCAGUUCAGUCCUGGUUCAGUCCUGGUUCAGUCCUGGUUCAGUCCUGGUUCAGUCCUGGUUUUCGGACAUGUUCUUCAGGCUGCUCUUCCUGUGCCUCCGGUUUUGGGGGGUCCUGUGUGCAGGGGUCCUGUGUGCAGGGGUCCUGUGUGCAGGGGUCCUGUGUGCAUGGGUCCUGGCAGAAAACAACAGCUCAACAGAGCCGCUCAGGAUGGUGGGAGGAGCCAGUCGUUGUGCUGGGACUGUGGAGGUGAUACACAGAGGAGAGUGGAGACGGGUGGUGCUCUAUGGACGCUUGUACCAGGAGCACAUAUCUGGUGUGUGCAGAGCCCUGGACUGUGGCUCUGCUGUUUAUGGAGAACAGAGAGAUGAUUUUCCAGAGAGUUCUGUGUGGGAGGUCUCAUCUGACUGUGUGAAGAAGUCUUCAGUGAGAGAAUGUGUGUAUCGUUCAUACUCCUCUUCCACUGUGGGUCUGGAGGUGAUGUGUUCAGACUCAGUGCGGUUGGUCUCGGGGUCCAGUCUGUGCUCAGGAUCAUUGCAGAUUUGGAAUGGGUCCUGGACCGGGGUCUGUGACAGGGACUUGGACCAGCGGGGGGCAGAGGUGCUGUGCAGGGAGCUGGGCUGUGGGGCUCCUUCUCUCCUCCAGGGGGCGCUCUCUCCUCUGGGGCAGACGUUCCACUGUGAGGGCCAUGAGUCUGCUCUGAUGGACUGUCCCCGCUCCAACUCAAGCACCUGCUCCUCUGGAGCCACUGUCAACCUCACCUGCUCAGAGCCGCUCAGGUUGGUGGGAGGAGCCAGUCGUUGUGCUGGGACUGUGGAGGUGAUACUCAGAGGAGAGUGGAGACGGUUGGUGCUCUAUGGAGACUGGGUCCAGGAGCACAUAUCUGGUGUGUGCAGAGCCCUGGACUGUGGCUCUGCUGUUUAUGGAGAAAAGAGAUAUGAUUUUCCAGAGAGUCCUGUGUGGUGGGUCACAUCUGACUGUGUGAAGAAGUCUUCAGUGAGAGAAUGUGUCUAUAGUUCAUCCUUCUCUUACUCUGAGGGUCUGGAGGUGAUGUGUUCAGACUCAGUGCGGUUGGUCUCGGGGUCCGGUCUGUGCUCAGGAUCAUUGCAGAUUUGGAAUGGGUCCUGGACCGGGGUCUGUGACAGGGACUUGGACCAGCGGGGGGCAGAGGUGCUGUGCAGGGAGCUGGGCUGUGGGGCUCCUUCUCUCCUCCAGGGGGCGCUCUCUCCUCUGGGGCAGACGUUCCACUGUGAGGGCCAUGAGUCUGCUCUGAUGGACUGUCCCCGCUCCAACUCAAGCACCUGCUCCUCUGGAGCCACUGUCAACCUCACCUGCUCAGAGCCGCUCAGGUUGGUGGGAAGAGCCAAUCGUUGUGCUGGGACUGUGGAGGUGAUACUCAGAGGAGAGUGGAGACGAGUGGUGCUCUAUGGAGACUGGGUCCAGGAGCACAUAUCUGGUGUUUGCAGAGUCCUGGACUGUGGCUCUGCUGUUUAUGGGGUACAGAGAGAUGAUUUUCCAAUGAGUCCUGUGUGGUGGGUCACAUCUGACUGUGUGAACAAGUCUUCACUGAGAGAAUGUGUCUAUAGUUCAUCCUUCACUUCCUCUAAGGGUCUGGAGGUGAUGUGUUCAGAGUUGCUGAAUCGUCCAGUCAUCUCCAUGUCUGUGAGUGACGGGGCGUCCGAGCUCCAGCCUCAGGGGCUGCGGGUGCAGCUGGGCUCCAAGUUCAGGGUCAAAUGCUCCGUGGAGCCACAGUACCCGGGAGGUUCCUUCCGGCUCCUCUCUCCCGCCGCGCCCCCCGCUCAGAACCGCACCCUGCCCGCCGUCAAUCACUCCGCCCACUUCCUGUUCUCUGACGCUGACCACGCCCACAAAGGAAACUACACCUGUGUUUACCUCCUGCAGGUGUUCAACCACAGCUUCUCCUCUCAGAGCCACACACUCCAGCUCUCUGUGGGAGAGUCAGACACAGACCUGAUCAUCAGAGUUGUGGUGAUUCUUCUGUUGAAGCUCCUGUACAUCCUCCCCCAGUACUACUGCUACUGCAAGGUCAGGGCCAGAGGCGGCGCUAGAGAGAAGCCCCGGCUGAGAGUGAGACCGGUUCAGAUCUGAAGCUUCAUUAUCACCAUUAUCACCAUUAUCACCAUUAUCAUCAUUAUCAUCAUUAGCCCUAUUAGCAUUUUUACC